CCUGUCCUGCCCUGCAUAUGCUGACGCCUAGACCUAGCCUGCCCACAAUCUUUGACCUGACAGCAAUAAGCAACCCCUCCCUGCCUACGCUCUCAAAAAAUCAUCCCGCCGCAUUUCGCUGCCUUGGCUUGCCUGCUGUACCAUCUCAUCGUCUAUGGAAUUCGCAUCAGGCAUGGUCGGACGCAACAUGAAUUCAGCGAACAACACCAUCCGAACGCGUGAUUACACGGGUGGUGUUUCGCUCAACGCUGCUGAUAAUGACCGCACUCCUUCUCUGCCUUGGGGCGGGAGCAUAUGGAAUUCAAAUGCUAUUGGUGCUAAUUUUGGCACCUCUACGAGAGAUACCUCACGUCCUCGCGAGAACGGCGCCUUUGAUGACCAAAUCGAGGGAAAGACUGGUUCUGGGUCCCUCGUUGCAUCUUCCGAGUCCGACCACUGGAACCCCAAUCGUUCCCGAUGGCGCGAUAAUACUCCCGCCAUACCUCAUGUGCGUAGCUCGGGUGUCUCUCCUGCCCGCAAGAGUUCCAUAAUACAGCCCGAGCCGCCUCAGCAGUUCGCCGACGGUACGUCUUCGAGCUUUUUCCCAGUCUCAAGAUCAUCCGUGGCAGGCUUGCCGCUCUCGAAACCAUUGCUUGAUCCGACAACUUCAAACUUCACGUCAACCAAUUUCGCGUCGACUCGCCGAGCCGACCCGCUCGCAGCCAAUACUUUCGCCAAUUUCGCGUUUACGCAAAAUGAUGUAGCUUCUCGGCAAGAUACUUCGGCCCUAUCGUGGCACGACGCUGCCUCGGUACACUCUCCUACCGAUGACAGGCGUAGUGUGGAGUACUUUGGCUCCACGAGUGCAUCAGCUUCGCGGAGCGGGAGUUUGCCACCCUCGCGCCACGGCAACGAACCCAUUCAAUUCGGCCAGAAUGCAGAUGCAUUCGCGAGGUAUGCGCAGCCUGGACAGCGACAGCAUGCUUCAUUCUCUGUUGGCAAUGGCCGCGCCUACCCUGAACGCAGUGGGUCCAUUCAAAGUGAUAGCUUACAGAUGCUCUCAAGGUACAGUCUAGAGAAUGAUGUGGAAACUGCACCAAUGUCACACAGGCCCUCCAUAAGCACAAACAAUGGUCUUGCGUCGACUUUCAGCCCUUCCAUGAAUGGCACAAUGCUAGCUCACGAAACCUACUCCGACCAACAACCCCUAAGUCGACCCGAUGAGGUUGGCUACGGAAAUGGGGGCACAUUUACGCACAACAGCUCAUCCUUUGGUCAAACCAGUGACACGGGUUUCCCGUUUCGACCUAUCAAUUUCGAUGCACACAGUCGCAGUGCACCAAAUGGUACUGGCGUCCGCCAAAGUCCUUACUAUUCCAGCACUCACACCCCUGCUUUUGAUCAUUUGAACCCUGAGCAAACUCUUGCCCAACAGACCCUCGCGAACCGCAACAACCUGGCAGUUGUACAAAACAAGCUACAAGGUUUUCAGCAGUUUCAGCAAGAGCGACGCAAUGUCUUCAACCACAACCAAAUCCACCCAUCUCAAUUCCACCAAUACAUGGCUGCACAUCAAUUGCAGAACGCAUAUCCUCUCCGUUUCCCCAUGCCCAAUGCCAUGCAAAUGCCCCAUCUACCUCCGACUAUGAUGCAGGCCGUUCCUGGUAUGGCUCCACUCGAGGCCCCCACUGGUCCACGGAACAAUUCUGUUCCAUCCGAUGUCACCGUUAUGAGUGAGAAGCUAGUGUAUUUCCGAAACUGUACAAAGAACAACCGCCGAAUCGAGCUAAAGGAGAUCUUCGGCUUCAUUGUCGAGUUCAGCGGAGACCAGCACGGGUCUCGUUUCAUCCAGAACAGAUUGGAGCUUGCGAAUAGUGACGAGAAAGACAAGGUUUUCAAAGAGAUUCAGGAAAACAGUUUGCAGCUAAUGCAGGAUGUUUUUGGUAAUUAUGUCAUCCAGAAGUUCUUCGAACAUGGCGAUCAGACCCAAAAGAAAUUCCUUGCCAAUCGCAUGAAGGGCCAUGUACUGGAGCUUUCUUGCGGCAUGUAUGGUUGUCGGGUAGUCCAGAAGGCUCUCGAGUAUGUUCUCGUUGAUCAGCAAGCAUCGAUCGUAAAAGAACUGGAAAAGGAUGUCUUGAGAUGUGUCCGUGAUAAUAAUGGAAACCAUGUCAUCCAGAAGGUUAUAGAAAGGGUACCCAUCGAGUACAUCGGUAACAUCAUAGAGGCUUUCCGUGGUCAGGUCGGCUCUCUUGCGACCAACAGUUUCGGUUGCCGUGUGGUCCAGCGGCUGCUGGAGAAAUGCCCGGAACCCAAACGACGAUUUGUUUUGGCUGAGCUUCACGCCGAAGGGCCCAAACUCAUCUCCGACCAAUAUGGCAACUAUGUCACCCAACAUAUCCUCGAAUGCGGGCUUCCAGAAGACAGCGCAAAGGUCAUCACGGCCGUUCGGGCCCAGCUCUUGACAUUUUCCAAACACAAAUUUGCCAGCAAUGUCGUCGAGAAGUGCUUGCAAUACGGAACAGAUGAUCAAAGCCGUGACAUCAUGCUCACCAUCAUUCAAAAGAAUGAUCGCGGCGAGAAUAUGCUCCCAACGCUGAUCAAAGACAGCUAUGGCAACUAUGUUAUCCAGAAACUGAUGGACAGACUUACUCAACCACACUACGACGAAUUGGUUGAGGUUCUUAAGCCAGAGCUGGAAAAGGCCAAAAAAGCCAUCUCCGGCAAACAGAUACUAUCGGUCGAGAAGAAACUACAUCGUUUCGAUCAUCAACGAGUCGAUAGCCCUUCCAACGAGGCAACUUCGCCGGCUGGAAACCCACCCACACCACCACUCUCGAGUGCGACACAGAGCCCUCAAAGCAGCUCGCUCCCCAGCGUCAACACCUCCGUGGACGAACCUGUACACUCAUCUCAUUCGGCAACCAUCAAAAAUUUCAUUACCCCUUCGGAUAUGGUCAGCAUUGAACAAGAUGCUUCGUAG